CUCACUCUCACAAGAAUAAACAUCCGCUCUCGAAGGGAACUGCCACUAAAAGGACACGUUCGUAAGACAGAGAAAAAGAGCCACGGCGGACAGGCCAAGCUACACAAGGUCCAGCUCCACCGCCUCGUCCUCGACCCGGGGACACUGGGGUAUCUUGGAGGUCUCACAUCUACCUUCAACAAUAAACCAGCGAGAAACGCCUACUUCAAAAUGAGGAUCACAGAUCGCCCAGUGGUAACCGGCGCUCUAAUCGGAAUUCUAGUAUUGCUGUUUUACUUUUCGAAGGAAAUGAAAAUGAUGGAAAAAUCCAUCAGCUUACUCACAUCCAAGGACUCCAAUCAAGGGGCCGAUGAUCCAACUGCGGCCAGCGAACUGCGUGUGCCCGAGGAGUUCCCUCACCUCUCAGCACAGGACCCGGUUCUGCGUGAGUAUGUGAAAAGGCGACUCAUACAGCCGCCUGCAGUAGGAGAUUAUAACCUCUCGAAGCCCGACAGAGAGCACUUCUCGCAGUACACGCAGAGUCAGGUCGCCAGUAAACUUCUGGAAGGAUUGGAUAAAGGCUUCUUCUUGGAAGCUGGAGCACUGGACGGAGAAGACAAGAGCAACACCUUGUACUUCGAGAGGGAGCGGUCCUGGACGGGCCUCCUCGUGGAGCCGGACCCUUCCCUGUACGAAACGCUCGUCUCGAAGAAGCGUAAAGCGUUCUCCAUCAACGCAGCCUUCUCCCUCUCCAAUUCAUCGGAUUUGGUCUCAUUCGUGUAAUAUGUUCUGUGUUUUAUUUUGGACAGCUAAGCUAGUAUACUCGCGUGUACAUAUUGUAUGAAAAGGGGUGGUCACACUAGUCUAUUCUGUCCAGAGAUCCCUUCACAGAGCGGGAUGCUGUACCAGUUGUGAAGGGAAUCGAGAUGAAAAUCCCUGCCUAUAUUGGCACCGAGCGAGAACCGCUGAGUUGGUCUUUCGUCCCAGCUGUUAAAACAAAAACUGUACAGCAGUGUAAUUACUAGGAAGCUCAGUACUUGAUUGUCUAACCGGUGAUUAUUAUAGCAUAUUUGGUGUAACUGUAUUGUAGAAAUAAGUUAUAUAUUAUAGCUAACGAUAUUUAAAAUAUUGAUAAUUAUCCAGACAAAUGUUCAAGGAAUGCAUAUAUAUAUUCACUUAGACAUGUUGAAGAUACAGAGCUCAUUUCAGAUGUUAUUUACUUCCUGGCGGACGAAGUGAGAGCCAAAGAACAAUUAUGGAAUACCUUCCACAAAUACCAUGAUGACAGAAAGUUAAGAAUAACAGUUACGUACUGCAGGCAAGGCCGUUUCACGAUCGACAACUAAUGAUAUUUUAUUCAAUAUGAGUUAUAUUAUUUAUUUCCUUUUGCUUUUUUAUCGGUCAAUAAUUACGUCUCUCAUACAUUACUGAUUACACUAUUAGCGGUAUAUGCUAUUGGAAAGAAUAUUGUCGGUUUUUCUGUUUCUUUUGAAAUAUCGGUGAGUGGAUUGACUUUUAUAAGUAUAGUGUUUUUUUGCUUAAAAUUUUUAAAUCGAAAGAAUCCACGGUUAUUGUAGACACUUUAGUCUUUUCUGGACGAUGUUUCUCUACGAGAGCCACUACUGAGUGUGACCAAUUCCGCCUUGUAACUGAAAAACAUUCGGCAUGGCUGUCUAGAAAUCCCCGAACAGACAUGGCUAAUGUCUGUUAACACACACACACACACACACACACACACA